AUGCCAAAAUGCUCAACUUACUACUUGAAGCUCCUCUGCAGCUCAAUCCAAGGUGGUCUCAAGAAGCUGAGCCUCUGUCCAAUCUCACCAUGUGAGUUGUUAACUUGUUCGCUUCACUCUCACUUUUCAGUUCUUGCAAUUCCAUCAAACCAAGCCCUUAAAACUGAACCCGUAAACAAUGAUGAAACUGAGCCCCCAAUUUCUAAUGAAAUCUUCAAGAAAGGUACCAAAUUGGGUUCUUACAAGUCGGGUGAUUCAACUUUCUAUUCACUCAUUGAGAAUUACGCAAAUUUGGGUGAUUUUCGGUCAUUGGAGCAGGUUUUAGAUCGAAUGAAACGUGAAAGGCGAGUUUUUAUUGAGCAGAGUUUUAUUCUAAUGUUUAGAGCUUAUGGAAAAGCGCAUUUACGCAAUAAAGCUGUAGAAUUGUUUUAUAGAAUGGUGGAUGAAUUUCAGUGUAGGCGAACAGUUAAGUCGUUUAAUUCGGUGCUUAAUGUUAUUAUACAGGAGGGUCAUUAUUCUCAUGCUUUAGAGUUUUCUUACCAUGUUGUUGGUACUACGGGCAUGAACAUUUCACCCAAUGUACUCAGUUUUAAUUUGAUUAUUAAAUCCAUGUGUAAGCUCGGAUUGGUUGAUAGAGCAGUCCAAGUGUUUAGAGAAAUGCCACUUAGGAAUUGCACUCCUGAUGUGUUCACGUAUUCUACAUUGAUGGAUGGGUUAUGCAAGGAGAAAAGGAUUGAUGAGGCGGUCUUUUUGUUGGAUGAGAUGCAACUUGAGGGGUGCAUUCCGAGUCCUGUGACAUUUAAUGUGUUGAUUAAUGCAUUAUGCAAGAAGGGUGACUUGGGACGUGCAGCGAAGCUUGUUGAUAAUAUGCUUCUUAAAGGCUGUGUUCCGAAUGAAGUGACUUAUAACACCCUUAUCCACGGUUUGUGUCUCAAGGGUAAGUUGGAUAAGGCAGUUAGUCUUUUGGAUCGAAUGGUUUCAAAUAAAUGUGUGCCUAAUGAUGUGACAUAUGGUACGAUCAUCAAUGGACUUGUUAAGCAAGGUCGAGCGGUUGAUGGGGCUCAAGUGCUGAUGUCUAUGGAAGAAAGAGGGAAUCAUGCAAAUGAGUAUAUUUAUUCAGUCCUUGUUAGCGGACUGUUCAAGGAGGGAAAAUCUGAAGAUGCAAUGAGACUGUGGAAGGAGAUGCUGGAAAAGGGAUGUAAACCCAACACCAUUGUCUAUAGCACUCUUAUAAAUGGUCUUUGCCAAGAAGGAAAACCAGAUGAAGCCAAGGAAGUAUUCAGUGAAAUGGUGAGUAAUGGUUGCAUGCCCAAUUCCUUCACUUACAGUUCUUUAAUGAGAGGUUUCUUCCAGACAGGUCAGAGUCAAAAAGCCAUUCUUUUGUGGAAAGAAAUGGCAAGCAAUAUGCGUAAUGAGGUCUGUUACAGCGUCCUAAUUCAUGGUUUAUGUGAGGAUGGUCAACUCAACGAGGCCUUGAUCGCCUGGCAGCAGAUGUUGGGCAGAGGAUAUAAACUUGAUGUUGUGGCUUACAGUUCAAUGAUUCAUGGCCUUUGCAAUGCUGGUUUGGUUGAGCAGGGUUUGAAACUUUUUAAUGAGAUGCUAUGUCAGGAGCCUGAAUGUCAACCAGAUGUCAUCACUUAUAACAUACUUUUCAAUGUAUUCUGCAAGCAGAGUAGCAUCUCCCUUGCCAUUGAUCAUUUAAAUAGGAUGCUGGAUCGGGGUUGUGAUCCCGACUCAGUUACAUGUGACAUCUUCCUGAGAGGUUUGAGAGAAAAGCUUGACCCACCUCAAGAUGGGAGGGAGUUCCUAAAUGAGCUUGUUGUCCGGCUAUUUAAGCAGCAGAGGAUAGUUGGUGCUUCCAUAAUUGUAGAAGUGAUGCUGCAAAAGUUUUUGCCACCCAAAGCCUCUACUUGGACAAGAGUUGUACAAGAGCUUUGCAAGCCUAAGAAGGUCAGAGCAGCCAUUGACAAAUGUUGGAGCAGCCUAUAUUGCUAA